AUGGUCUGCCAUUGUGCAGGGCCUUCGGCAAACGGCACAACAGAGCCUGUGCUGCAGAAUGGCACACAUGCCGCCACAGACACAACUCCUCUUCUGGGGCAGCGCUUUGUGCCGCCUUCACCUGCAACCACCUCAGGGAGAGAGCUGCAAGGGAAGCAGCACACCACAGCGUGGGCAGUGCGCGGGGGAGUGGAGGAUCUGGCAGGGGACUUUGAACGGCUGAGGCCCAACAUGGCGCACCACUUCCCCUUUGAACUGGACAACUUCCAGAAGGAGGCCAUUGUGCACCUCGAGAGGGGACACAGUGUUUUUGUGGCGGCGCACACCAGUGCAGGGAAGACAGCCGUGGCGGAGUAUGCGCUGGCGCUAGCAGCCAAGCACUGCACUCGCGCCAUCUACACUUCCCCCAUAAAGACCAUCUCCAACCAGAAGUUCAGGGACUUCAGCAGCGACUUCGAGGUUGGCUUGCUGACAGGGGACGUGAGCAUAAAGCCUGAGUCGCCCUGCCUGAUCAUGACGACCGAGAUUCUGCGCUCCAUGCUGUAUAAGGGCGCCGACAUCAUCCGUGACAUCGAGUGGGUCAUCUUCGACGAGGUGCACUAUGUAAAUGAUGCCGAGCGCGGCGUUGUUUGGGAGGAGGUGAUCAUCAUGCUGCCGGCGCAUGUGAACUUGAUUCUGUUGUCGGCCACGGUGCCGAACGUGAUGGAAUUUGCUGACUGGGUCGGCCGCACCAAGCGCAAGCGCAUCUACGUCACCGGCACCACCAAGCGCCCGGUGCCCCUGGAGCACAACCUGUUCUACAACGGCGCCCUCUACACCAUCUGCCGCGCCAACACCUUCGCACCCGAGGGAGUAGCGGCGGCGCGCAACGCAUGGAAGAAGAAGAACGCAAAGCCGGAGACGAAGAAGGACGAGAAGCGCGCGCGGCCGACGGGCCGGGGUGAUGGUGGCGGUCCAGCCCAGCGGGGCGGCCGGCAGCCGGCCGGCGGGGGGCGCGGGGGGCGCGGCGGGGGGUCCCAGGGCAACAGCGGGCUGCGCUCGGAGAAGUCCGCCUGGAUGGCCCUUAUUGAUGACCUGAAGAAGAAGGCGCUGCUGCCAGUGGUGGUCUUCUGCUUUUCCAAGAAGAGGGUGGACCUGCUGGCGGACAACCUCAGCAACCUCGACCUGGCGACGGCAGCGGAAAAGAGCGAGAUCCAGGUUUUCUGCGAGCGCGCGCUCGGCCGGCUGCGCGGGGCGGACCGGGAGCUGCCGCAGAUUCUGCGCGUGCGCGAGAUGCUCAAGCGCGGCCUCGGCGUGCACCACGCAGGUCUGCUGCCGAUAGUGAAGGAGGUGGUGGAGAUGCUGUUCUGCAGAGGCGUCAUCAAGGUGCUCUUCUCCACCGAGACUUUUGCCAUGGGAGUCAACGCCCCCGCACGCACCGUCAUCUUCCAGUCUCUGCGCAAGCACGACGGCAAGGAGUUUAGGAAUCUGCUGUCGGGGGAGUACACCCAGAUGGCGGGCAGGGCGGGCAGGAGAGGGCUGGACCCGGUGGGCACAGUCAUCAUCGCGUGCUGGGAUGACGUGUACGAGGAGGGGGAGCUGAAGAAGCUGCUGACUGGGCGUGCGACUAAGCUGGAGAGCCAGUUCAGGCUCACCUACUCCAUGAUCCUCAACCUGCUGCGAGUCGAGGACCUCAAGGUGGAGGACAUGCUGAAGCGCAGCUUUGCAGAGUUCCAUGCGCAGAGGGCGGCACCGGAGGCGCUUGAGGGCUUGCGAUUGGGGCAGCAACGGCUGGCAGCGCUUCGCGCGCGCCCCUGGCCAUCCAGCUUCCUUGGCACCUGCCGGGAAGCUGUCGAGCAGUACUUCUCCCUCUCGCAGCGCAUCGAAGCCCUCUCUUCAAGAGAUGUGCAGGAGAGCGUGAUGGGGUCUCGGGCGGCCAGUCAGGCGCUGGUGCCGGGAAGGGUGGUGCUGGUGACUAACAGGAGCACCGGGCUGCCAGAGCUUGGCGCUGUUUGUGGAGCCCCUGCCAGUGCCAGCAAGGGCAUCCAGCUUGGCAACACUGUGAGCUCUGGUAAGCAGCAAAAUCAAGAGAGCAUGAGAGAUGAGAAUGACCAGACCAACUUCUCAGGGAAGCGAAGUGACCAUGUAAAUGUAGACCCCGGAAUGGCUUGUUGGAGCAUGCAGGUGGACACCAGCCGAAUAGAAGCCAUCUGCAGGGCCAAGGUGAAGCUGAACCCAGACAGCGUGCUGGACCCAGAGGCCACCCAGGGGCUAGCCCAUGUGGUCCGCCAGCUGCAGCAGCUGCAGGCGGGGCCUGAGGGGCAGCCAGCGCUGAUGGACCCAAUAGCAGACCUCAAGCUCAAUCAGCUGGACAUUGCAGAGGCUGUGCGCGAGCGCCAGCAUCUCCUGCAGGCAAGGAGCAGCAUGGCGUGCCACCGGGACCCAGGCAUGGGUGAGAUGUAUGCAAUUGUGCGCUCCGAAGCUCUGCUAGCUGGCAGACUCGCUGCACUUGCCCACCAGGUGAGCGAUGCCAGCCUGGCACAGAUGCCUGAGUUCAGGCAGCGGGUGGAUGUCCUGCGGCGCAUGCACUACCUGGCAGAAGACGACACUGUGCAGAUGAAGGGGCGGGUGGCAUGCGAGAUCAACUCUGGCGAUGAGCUGGUGGCCACGGAGAUGAUCUUUGCUGGGGUGCUGACAGAGCUCACGCCUGAGGAGGCUGUGGCUCUGCUAUCAGCACUCGUCUUCCAGAAGAGCGACGUGGAGGCGGCUGCGCCAACAGAGGCGCUGGCGGACGCAUGCGAUCACGCAGUGGCGCUGGCUUAUGAGGCCGGCCGCAUGCAGCAGGAGUGUGGCAUGGACGUUCUGCCGGAGGAGUACGCGCGAGGCGCCCUCAAAUUUGGCCUUGUUGAGGUGGUGUACCACUGGGCGCGCGGCGUUCCCUUCAAGGACAUCUGCGCGCUGACAGACGUGAUGGAGGGGUCAAUAGUGCGCGCCAUCGUGCGACUGGACGAGACCUGCCGGGAAGUCAAGGACGCCGCCAAGGUCAUGGGCAGCACCGCGCUCGUUGCCCAAAUGGAAGCCGCCUCCGCCGCCAUCAAACGCGACGUCAUUUUUGCGGCCUCCCUCUAUGUCGCCUGA